AUGGUCAUCGACUACCAUCCCUCCAUCAUCGUCAUGCUCAACGAUGAUGAUAAAAGUAACGAGAGCUGUGCACGAUACUGGUCUGACAAGGGUGUAACAACCUUCGGAUCUGUCUCUGUCACCACGCUGUCUGUCUCAGAGAGAAGAGGAUUCAUCGAGAGAGAGAUAGAGGUUACUCAGAACAACCCAAAGUAUCAGUUCAUCUACUGGCCUACUAAGGCAGAGGAACGAAGGGACCGCGCGCCUUAUCUUCUGAAUCUUAUGACAGAAGUGGAGGACAGUUUUAGUGGAGUUGCAGAGGGGUUUCCUGUCCUGGUUCACUGCCUGAACGGAGUGGGUCGAACAGGUGUAUUCUGUACCAUGCUUGAGUGCAUCGCACAGAUAAACGAAGAGGACGCUGUUGAUGUCUUCCAAACGGUCAAGAUGCUGCGAAAUGAGAGGAUGCACUUCGUAGAAACCGAGGAAGAAUUGGCAUUCAUCUACGAGUUGAUUAAAGAGUAUCUGUCUGCCGACGAGUACGAAAUACUGUCAGUCCCGAUCGAAGACGAACAUACCUAUGGGAGCGUCGACUCUAGCUAG